CUUAAGCUGCCUGUAAACGCUCUACUCUAGUCCACGUGUACAGAAUCGCUUCAGAAUGAAUCUACUCACGACCACAGGACUGUUAACGGUGUUCAGUUUGGUGUGCAUUUCAGCGGUUUCCUCUGAAGAUGAUGGAACAAAGCCUGGAUUUUCCGCCACGGUGUCCCUUUGUUACGUAGAUGACGAAGACAAUAUGUUCAAGACGGUGACUGUGUCAGGACCAGGAAUAAGCGACCAGUUGAAAGAGGACUGCGAUAUGGAUAGUUACGUCAUAGCCAGUAGUGAUAGCUUAGUAGUCGGUGAUAGUAUAUACAGUGACAAAGCCAACCAACUCAUUGUGGUUAAGGAUGGAAAAUGUGAAUUGAGGACCUAUAAGGAUGGAGCCUACCAGUCAUCCAGUGAGAUGUCCAGUGAGGACUGCGAAAAAGUGAAGAAAUCAAUCAAAGAUGCCAAAGACCAGGCUGGAGGAAAGUUUGGAGAAGGUGGAAAUUCGGGCGAAGAAGGCGGAAACUCGGGUGAAGAGAGUGGAAACUCUGGCGAAGAGGGUGGAAACUCGGGUGAAGAGGGUGGAAACUCUGGCGAGGAAGGUGGAAACUGGGGUGGAAACUCUGGCGAGGAAGGAGGAAACUCGGGUGAAGAGGGUGGUAACUCGGGUGGAGAAGGAGGGAGUUCCAGCGAUUGGAGUGUAUAUUCCGCUACUGUGUCUCGGUGUUACCUCAAUGACCAGGGGAAUCGUGUCAAGACGGUGACAAUAUCAGGUCGAGGAAUAAAUGAUAAACUCGACGAAGAUUGCGAUAUAGAUAACUACGUUGUAGCCAACAGUGACUGUUUAUUGGUCGGUGGUAGGUUGUACAGUGAUGAGCGUAACAAACUCGUAGUGGUUAAGGACGGGAAAUGUGAACUGAGGACCUACAAAGAUGGGGCUUACCAGUCUACCAGUGAAAUGACUAGUGAAGACUGUUUUAAGGUGAAGAGAUCGAUGGAAGAAGCAAAGAAUCGAGGUGAUGGAAGGUUUGGUCAGGGUGGAAACUGGAGUGGAGAGGGUGGAAACUCUGGUGAGGAAGGAGGAAACUCGAGUGAAGAGGGUGGUAACUCGGGUGGAGAAGGAGGAAGUUCCAGCGAUUGGAGUGUAUAUUCCGCUACUGUGUCUCGGUGUUACCUCAAUGACCAGGGGAAUCGUGUCAAGACGGUGACAAUAUCAGGUCGAGGAAUAAAUGAUAAACUCGACGAAGAUUGCGAUAUAGAUAACUACGUUGUAGCCAACAGUGACUGUUUAUUGGUCGGUGGUAGGUUGUACAGUGAUGAGCGUAACAAACUCGUAGUGGUUAAGGACGGGAAAUGUGAACUGAGGACCUACAAAGAUGGGGCUUACCAGUCUACCAGUGAAAUGACUAGUGAAGACUGUUUUAAGAUGAAGAGAUCGAUGGAAGAAGUAAAGAAUCGAGGUGAUGGAAGGUUUGGUCAGGGUGGAAACUGGAAUGAAGAGGAUGGAAACAACGGCGGCGACGGUGAAAACUGGGAUGGAUAUGGUUUAGGAAAUGGUGGUGAUGAAUGGGGAUUUGGAUCAGGACAUUAUGACUCAGGAAUUUCUGAAGGAAAUAUCAUACCCACAAUUGAAGAACAUGCCCAGCAAAUGAACAAGUUCAUGGAUGGAUACCGUGUGAUGUUUCAGACUCUUCCGGGAUUACCGAGACCACCUUUAUAAUUUAAAAUUUGUCCAAAAUUACUAAUUCUUAUUACAAAUUG